CGGAGGAGUGGGGCCCGCCGGCGAUGGGCGGCGCGCCGGCGCCCGAGCUGUCGCCGCCCGUGCUGCUGCUGCACGGCCGGCCCGUGCUGCGCGAGCGCGGCGCUUGACCCCCGCACGCGCACGUCUUGAGACACAUGCGAAAGACUUCUCAAGACGGUGGGGAUAAUAUGUCUAUAACAAGUGGAGUGGAAAAUGAAAUUAAGAAACCUAUUGUGGGAAUAAUGAAAACAAAACGAAAUUCAAUCAAAAAGAAGGUUCAGAACUUUAGCCAUGAGUCGGACGAUGGUGUAAUUGAACCUCUCUUACAUAAAGAGAAAAUGGAGACUCCGAAUCAAAGUGCCAAAUGUUUGUUGCCAAAAACCAAGACUGAAUCGUGUGAAAAGGGGAAUGACAGAGAUAAAUUACUAUCUGAUGAUAGACUCGAAAAACCUUCACUCAGUGCUGCUCCGAGUGUGUAUGGAAACCCUUCGAUUCCAAAUGGGACAAAAGAAACCAAGAAAAUAUACGAAAAUUCAAGUACAAUCCACAACCAUAUGAAUUCUAACGUUUUUAGUAAUUUUGAUGAUGCCAAGAAAAUAAUUACACCGAGAAGUCAAAUUCUUGUGGAAAUCAAUGAUAAUAAACGAAUUGGUUACAAUCCCAGUCCUUUAAUAUUCACAACAGCAAAAAUUCAUACGGAUGUUAAAACGAAAAGUAUGGAACCGGUUCAAGUCACCCCCGUCCCAAUUUUAUCAACAAUUGAAGGUAGUGUCAAAGUGGGUGUGGGCAAAAAUAUAUCUGGAAUAUGCGAGGGCAAUAAUAUGGUUAAUACUGUUUGUACGAAACCUUAUGAAACGGAAACAAAAGAUAUCAAAAAUGCACAAAUCAGCACUGCAAGCAGUGAUUUUUCUCCAUGUAUGAUAUCUAGUGAGAAUAAUUUUAAAAGAAAUGUUGUAAUGGAUCCAGAUAUGAUUUCUGCAAGUAGUAGUAUUUUGUCCAAUCAUUCUAUAAAACCUGUAAAUACUGUCGAUAUCAAGAAAAUUCCGAAUACAGAUUUAAAUACAGCAACGAAAAACACACUGGUUAGUACAAAUAUUCCUCUUAAUGCGGAUGCGAAAGAUAUUAAAACGAAAGCAAGUGUAGAUGUUCAUAAAAAUAAUGAAACAAAUAAAAUAGUAGCAUCUCAAGGAACAUCUGCAAAUAGCACAAAAACAAAGAAGUCAUUUGAGGAAUCAAUCAUAGAACCGAAAAAGGAAAAUAUUCUAUCUGAAACUAGUUUCAUAAAAACUAAUGAUAAAGACAAUUCGCAAUCUACACCUGUAUCCACGGCUACUUCAAUAAAAAAUGAAACAAUUUCAAUCAAAACACUUUCACCAGCAACCAGUGCUAUAGCAACAUCUCCGUGUACAACAAUGACCUCAAUAUCUAAUAUGUACUCAGGAUCUUUGGCAGUUAGUAAGGCUGUAGCAACAACGUCAGAAUGUACUAAGAAUAUAAUAACUAAUAUAACAUCUGCAGUAAAACCCACAGUUUCACAAGCUUUGGUAACUUUAGUCACAACACCUUUAAUUACUUCAUCAUCAUUGGUUAUAUCUACUAACCCUAACGCCACGACUAAAGUACUUACUUCAAAACCUUUGGCAGUAAAAACAAUUCCAGUUACAACAUCUUCUCCUAAACCUAUGACUUCACAAUCAGUUUUGGUCAAUACUGUUACAAAGCCAUCUUCAGGAGCAGACAUAGUUUUAAAUAAGACAGUAAAGCCUACUGAAAUUCCAUCUUCCAACACCAAAUCAAAUGUCAAAACUAUUUCUGCAAAUAAUGACAUAAGCAAAUCUUUAAAUAAGUCAAAACCAACUACUGUAUCAACCUCAAGUACUUCUAUUUCCACUUCAAUAGUACCGAGUGUAAAAAGGCAAGAAAGUUUAAAACAAACAACUAAGCCAACUAUAUCUGGUACAAAGUCAUCUACGUCAACAAUUAUUUCAAAACCAGCCAUAGUGUCGUCUACCCCGACAUCAUUUUCCGGAAAAGGGUCAAAGCCAACAUCAACAAAAUCAAGCAGUAGCUCAGUAAAAACCUUAAUAACUUCAAAUGAUAAACCAUCGAACAGUGGCUCUAGUAAAACAAUCACCUCUACGAAAUCGCUGAAUAAGCAAAUUGACGCAAAAGGUACCGAGAGUAACAAAAAAAUAUAACACUUACGGGAUAUUGUUUGUAGGUAUAAUAUCGUCGCUCAAUUCAAAGUGAUAGUUUAAGAAUACCUAUAUGUUAUAAGUUUUGUGUUUUGGUCGGGAUUCAAUAAAAAGAAGAGAAAGUAAAGCUGUUACUAAAAUUUUCCAAAGUAAAUCAACCACGAUAUAUUAUUUAUUACAAAAUAAUUAUAAUAUAUUUUUAUGUGUUAGCUAUUUUUAUAUUUUUUACGUUUUGUCUUUUUCAAACCAGUAAAUACGGUUAAUAAAAAUUGAACUGUAGUAUUUCUAUCAAUGAAAGCAAGUCUCCAUCAACAUCAUGGGUAUAAAUUAAAUGUGUAUGUUCGUGCUGUAGAAAUUAUUGUAAAGAAAAGGCGGUGGAGCCUUGGAUGUGAUAAAUUAAAUUUGUAUCGAACUGAUCUUUAUCUAUUUUUUGCUCAUUAACGGAAGGAAUUGAAAUAAAUACCUAAUAAUAUAUUUUAAGUCAAAAUAUGUAUAUGUAUCUUAUUUAUAUUUUAAAACAAGAUAUACUUAUGUGUCUAUCUAUCUACCAUUAUUCUUAAUGACAGAUAGCACGAAUAAUGUUGUUACAUUCAUAUAUGGAAUCGUUUGUUUCAAAGAGAUGGUAUGUAGGUUAUUGGUGCUAAGAUAGACAUCAAUAUAUUUCAUAGACAAUAUUAUAUUUUCGAUACCAUUUAGAGAUGAUCAUUUGUUACGUCUCACACAGAGUCAAUUUAUAUCAUUAUUUUAAAAUAUCAAUCUAUUGUACUUACCUACUCGUAAAUGGAAAAGUUAUUUGGAUAUAAUUUAAAUUAACAAUCGAGAGAAAUUUUUUAAAAAGCAGGGUAGUGCUGAUAAUAGAAUCUAAUUCGUAAAGAUUCUUAUUUUUUAUAAUUACCUAUCAUUUUAAGACAAUUGAGAUCUUAUGGGUAUAUUUCCUUGAUGUAUGCUCAGAUAGACCAUAGUAAUAAAUAAUAUAUAAUGUGAAAGCAGACAUUAUUUAUUACCUACUUGAAAAUGAAUUUUAAUGAAAGUGAUGUGUUCUUUUAAUAUGUACCUUUUUUCUUGGUAUGACUACAAACUUAUAUGCAACAUACAAUCAAGGUAUCGAUCGAUAAUUAGGUGCAUACAUAUAUGACUACUAUUGACAUAUACCCUUUCUGAUGACAAUAGAUAAAAAUAUAUCUAAUGCGAAUAUUUCCAAAUAAGUAUUUCCCAUGGCUGCUAAAAGUAGUCCAAACGUAUACUAAUAGUUUAUGUUUAAAUAUUAUGUAGGUACGUCCAAUUAAUAAAAAAUCCGUCUAUUUUCUGCACAAAUAUAACCAUUUAUCUCUGUACCUACCUAUCAAUAUACCUGUGCUGCCAAAGCAAUACGCUCAAAAGAUAUUUAAAUAAUAUGAUAAACAAUUACAAGUUCUUUUGGAUGUUUUUAGUCUAGUGUAGAGACUAUUUCAUGUACUCAUUUUUAAAAUUCUAUAUUAGGAUCCCUUUUUAUUCGAUUUGGACCUAAUUUAUUAAUUCUCUAAUAAGCCUGAAUUACCUAAUAAGUACUAAGACCUAAUAUUUUAAAUUUGUUGGAAUAUAAAUAAUUAGGUAUGUGCGUAAAUACUGACCUCGAUUUUCACAUUCAAACAAAUCGGAGAAUAUUCUGAAAAAGUACAUUCAAGCUAAUUUAUUGUCACUAAUUUUACGAUGAAUUGUAAGUAGUUUGUUUUGUUGUUAGAAUAGAGUCUUUAGAAAAAUGUGAUUUUAAGUGAUUUUUCAAUAGUAGUUUAAUGAUCAGAAAUUAAAUAGAACAAAAAUAGUCAUGCUUAAAUAAAUAUAAAAUAAAACGAAAUAUUAAACAUUAUAAUGUCAGUAGGAGCUUAUGAAAGUAAGAGUUCUUUGCACUUUCGAAAAAUUUUCAGCAAAUUAUUGAAUUGAAUCGAUUGCGUACUAAUAUGAAUGUAGGUACCUACGUACCUAACGUUGUAUCAAGUCAAGUUAGAGAAUUAGACUCGUCGUUUAGAUAUUCUACUCAAAUUCUAGAUUAAUUUAUUAUAGCAUAUAAGAAUGUAAAAUUUCAUAAUGUAAAUCUUUAUUUCGUUAUAUUUUUUAUAUGAGUUUAUUUUGAUAAAGAACUGUUAUAUUUUUAUCCUGUAGGUCAAUAGACUUGUAAAUCAGUAUAUGAAAAAUAUGAUUUUUGAAAAUAUAUUCCACCUAUUUGCUUUUGCAUAGGUACCUAUCCAAAUUAUUUAUUCCCUUGUUAUUAAAAUAACGAGUUUGUAUAUUGUAAUACCAUGACAGUUUAUGUAGUGUGCGUGCGUCUCAGUAGGUAGAAGGUAACCGAGGCGACAUUGUCAUUCUGCUGCGAUUUCAUGGACGCGUGUAUUGGGAAGAUGUCUCGAGAAAUAACUAAUGUCUUCUCUAUGUCAAAAGUUCUUAAGUUCAGACGUGUCUUUAGAGCUCAUCCCAAUACAAAGCUGUACCAAUACAGGGCGAAAUGGAUAUUGAUAUGAACUCAUAGAUAGUGGUACUACCACAGAUACGUAUGUUUCUACAAGACAAUUAAACAAGCCUAAUAAUUGAAUAGCGAUAUUGUUGUUAACUUGAUGUAUUUUAGAGGAUUAUUGAUUAAAAAUCGAUGUUACAUAGAUGUUUAUUGUAAAUAUUAGAUUUAACUGAAGCCAAAGGAGUAUGAGAUGUUCUAGAGUGUUAUUAGAAGGCUGUAUUUUUGGGUGAUAUUUUAGAUGGAAGACAGCAUAUCUUUGAUAAAUAGACAUUAUUUAAAGUAACACAACAAAGAAGCGGGUUAUGGUUAUAGGAAUGAUGUGAUAAUGCUGAGAAUGUUAGUUUUAGUGUUGUUGUGCUAUUAAUAAAAAUAUGUUCAAAUGUG